UACUUUGUUGUUCGUAGUGCUUACAUUUGCACAUAAUUGUGCGUGCGUUUUUAAGUGCACGAAUUUUUCCGUAACUAAGCACGAACGAAUUGAUGCAUUAGCGCCGGACCCCGGUCUCCUCCAUGUACUGUUACGGAGGACACAUGCCCCCUCUCCAGUUAUUGCGUAACUCAAAAGAGUAUUAGGAGGAAAUCCAGACCGGUAGUCAAGAACAGAUCGGGAAGGGGUAAGCCUUCCCAGCCGUCUCGACAUCGCCGCCCGCGCCAUGCUGGCCGACCUGGAGGUGGACGCGGCGACAGUGCCGCCGUUCCAGCUGAGCCUCGCCACGCUGCCCGAGGACGAACUGCUGCGGGUGCUGGGCUUCCUCGGCACCAAGGAGCUGCUGCAGUGCCGCGCCGUGUGCCGCAGGCUGAGGGACUUGGCUCUGCACCCCAGCCUGUGGCGGAGCAGGAGCCUGGGGAGCCUGAUCACGAGAAUCCAUAUUGAACUGGUGGCUACGACACUGCGUCUGGCACCUUGCCUGGACAAGCUUUAUCUUCGGAUGGAUAUGCGUGCUCACCCGCAUGAGUUUGGGACUCUGCUUGUCUCGACAAACUGCGCUAUCCGCUGCCUUGGUGUUUCAAUGUCACUUUCAAACGGACUCUACACAGCGAUGGCCCUUGAGAGGCAAGCAGCCUUGGGACGUCUAAAUGCCGUCACAGUCACUCUAUGCCGAGAUUACACUGGGGACUCAUAUGACGACUCAUCUAAGUACUCAUCGGAACUCCGGCUGCUGCUGAACAAAAUUCUUCACACUCAAGGAUUGGCGUCGGUGGAGGUAAAGGUUUCGGGUUAUCCUGGGAUCGAAACCUUCCCCCAGGAGCUUUGCCUCCUGAAGGCCGCCAAGGGGGACGUCCACGUGCCGCCAUCCUUGCGCAGACUGGUGUACGAGCCCGGCCUGGACGACGAGGCCAACCUGACCUCCUAUCUUCAGUGGCACGCGAGCACGCUGCAGAGUGUCAACGCCUGCCUUCAAACCCGACGAAACUGCGCCCUGUCCUUCGUCAGCUGGCCUGACAAUUCUUACCUGCAGCGUGUUGUGCAUUUCAGUACGGACCACCCCCAUGCGGCUGUGACGCCGCUCCUGUGCUCCCUGCCCCAUCUGCGGGAACUGCAGUGCGGUUUCUUGGAGAACAUGCCGGCGCUUCUGCAGUGCUCUGAACUCAAGUCUCUGCAUCUGUUCGUGAACGUGGACGACUCGACGAGACCGCUUUUGCCUGGAGUGGAGCAGUACAUCCGCACGGCAGUCACCCGCCUGCAGACCCUGACACUGGAGUACCCAAACCCUAAUAGUGUAAACUCAGACCCUGUCUGCGUGGACGCAUUGAACCUGCUGCUGAAACUAGCGGGCCCCAGUAAGAGUGCCGCACCAGCGCUGGUUAAUCUCACAAUAUUAUAUACUAAUUGUUUCGGUUGCGAAUAUGCGUGGGCACCGCAACCGCAGCUGCCGCCUCUAGCUGCCGUCCUCCACCGCCUCAAGCACCUCGUCACUCUGGACCUGAACGGACCGCCCACGCCCAGCUUCUUCGCCGCCAUGGAUGGCGAAGUGUUGCCCAGCCUGAAACGGUUGUCGUUUCGGGCUGACCACCCCGAGUGGGGCUGGGGUUGCCCGCACGAGUGGUGCCACGGCGAGGAGCCCCGAGCCAUCCUGCGCAGGUACCCUCGGCUACACCUGGUUGUGAGUCCGAGCCACGUAGAUGAUGAAUGCACGUUCUGCACCGAAAGAGAUUGUCAUGAGUUUUAUGAGGAGACUGAUCAUAUCCUCUUCAGCCAUCCUGUUGACGCGCGUUGUGACCAGGACCAUUCUGAAGAUUUUCACAUAGUUGUAUGAAGUUGUAUGAUGAAGAAAUCUGAAUUCAUGUGAACGGUCGCAACUGAUUUCAUUGUUUAAACUAAUUAGUAUUCGUUCUGUCCUUCUUGUGGUAUUUAUGCGCUAGAGUGUCGUCACGGAAGCGCUCAGUUCCUUACAUUAAAUUUCUAAGCCUUUGUUCCUUGUC